AUGCGAUUUCCAUGCAUCACAGUCCUGAUUGCCAUCGAUCUAGGACUAUACAACUCCAUCAUUGCAAGUUCAUUGGCUGCGGAAGUUCAUCUUGUCGAGUGUCCUCAGAGUUGGGAACAGCUCUAUGUGAUCUAUGGAAUGCCGUUUCAUCAAGACCUGAACGAGCUUCAAUUUCUGCCAGCACCUCGUCAAGAACACCAUAUUUGGGUUGAACAAGCAGCGGGCGAGCUGACACUGCCUUGUUGGUCAGCUUUGCGUUGGCUGAGGAUACCACAACCACAAGAUCGUUUUGUGAUACCUUUUAAACGACACUGGUAUAUCGGACAAGGGGAUGUCAAAGAUUUGAUGACAAUUUCAUUUAAGCGAGUGUUGAAUGAUACAGGUCAACGUCCGAUCGGUUCAAAGAUUGUGCUCAAAUUCGCGCCACCGACGCCGGUUAAAGUAUUCAGUUCCGUGUGUAUUGAUCGCCCACAGCCACAUCACUGGAAAGUAUCAGUACCAUUACAACUCACUGUCAUCAUUACUGUACAGCGUAAUACAGUGAAGCGAACUUCCCUGGUCGCUAUCAAACUCAUAAUGCAUGCAGGACCAGUAUCAUCGGUGAAUUACAAAGUCGAUCAAUUCACGGGAUCGUUAUUGUUGAAUACCACUGUCAUCGAGCAGAAUAAACACUUUAUAUUCACCUGUGUUCUGUCAAGUACCCGACCGACUUUAUCGGGGUUGGUGGAAUCUCAUGAAAUUAUUAUUCAUUACUCGAAACUUGACUCCCGAGAUCGCGGUGAAAUUUUCAGCGGCUGCUCACAGAAGGAUAUCCCGGUGUAUAGUCGCUAUGACAAAGAUUCUGACGAAGAAAUCAUACAAGAAGUUGAUGAAAUUGAUGGACGCUUGGUGGCGUACUUCGCGAUCCAAGGUUGGUGUUCCAGUUUAGAAAAUGUCGAGGUUUUUGGACCGUUUGUGCUAAAGGUACACUUUACUGUUCCUUUAAAUCUGAGCACUUAUCAUUCGAGAACUCACACGACGUUGAUGAUUCUUUGGAAUCCCAGUGUACAAAUCGUAUUGGACCACUUGGGUUAA